AUGUCUACAACAACUGUCGAUUAAGACCUUGCCGCCUAGUUUACAGUUUCCAACUUUGUACGCAGGAAGAGAAGGCUUACCGACCCAUGGUAGUGUUGUGAGAACGCACAAAGGACGCAGAUAAACACUCCCUCUCUAUCUGCGAAGAAGAAAAGGAAGAAGUAAAGAAGACGAAGAAGAAGAACUAGAAAGAAGACGAAGAAGAUGGAUGGCAAUAAAAAGUUUAAUGUCACUAAUGCUCUCCGCUGAGUCUUUUUAUCCGGGGGGAUGAUGCCGGUUGCGAACUUCGUGUAGACUUUUCCCGAAACUUUUUUCGUUUUCCUCCCCCCCAACGCAAAGUCAUUUCAUGGAGUUUCAUGUCAGACUUAAAGAGGCUUGUCUAUGCGUUUCACAGUCCGUGGUGGUACCUGCUCAGAUUUAAUUUUAAGAAUCAGACCAAGGCAGUUUUUUUUCUCUCUUUUUUUGUGGACAAAGUUACAGAGGAGCGUCGGUUUAGAAGAAUAAAGUGAGCCGUGAAGAUUUCAAAUGAACAGCAUGGAGACCUCAGCUCCUACAGCCACUGACAAGAAGGAGUGCAAGGGUGUUGCUCUGGAUGGAAGCAGCUUCUCAGAACUGCCUAAGAAACCCUCUCCCACCACUUUGACCAGGGGUGCCCACCACCUCUUCCCCACAUUCCACACGCCCAUCCCCAUUGACAUGCGACACCACGAGGGACGGUAUCAUUAUGAGCCACAUCCUCUCCACGCCAUGCACGGACCUCCAGGGCUGACAGGCAGCCCGGUCAUCUCUGAUAUCUCCCUGAUCCGCUUGUCACCCCACGCAGCGGCAGGGGCAGGCGAGUCACCGUUUAGCCCCCCCCACCCAUACGUCAGCCCCCACAUGGAACACUACCUUCGCUCUGUGCACAGCAGUCCCACCCUCUCCAUGAUCUCAGCGGCUCGUGGGCUCAGCCCUGCUGAAGUGACCCAUGAACACCUGAAGGAGCGCGCCCUGUUCAGCCUGCACCCUCCUCCAUCGGGGGCCAACCCCACUGAGUACUACCACUUGAUGGCCAGUGCCAGCCAGCGAAGCCCCUACGGCGACCUGCUUAUGCAGAGUGGAGCGGCGGCAGCCGCAGCGGCAGCAGCAGCAGUGCACCUACCAGACUACAUCAGCCCCGUGGACGUGUCGCGUUUCUCUAGCCCUCGGCUGACCCCCCGGCUGAGCAGGAAGAGGGCCCUGUCCAUCUCCCCGCUGUCAGAUGCCAGCAUCGACCUUCAGACGAUGAUCCGCACUUCGCCCAAUUCCCUGGUGGCCUACAUCAACAACUCCCGCUCCAGCUCGGCCGCUAGCAGCUCCUACGGCCAUCUCUCUGUUGGAGGAAUCAGUCCCUCAUUCAGUUUCCCCCAUCCUAUCAACCCGGUGGCCUAUCAGCAGCUGUUGUCCCAGCAGAGAGGUCUUAGUGCCUUUGGCCACACGCCUCCCCUCAUCCAGCCAGCAGCCUCCUCCUUCUCCGCCCGUCAGCACCCCCUCGCAGGUUCCACUCUGCCCACCUCCCACACCAGCUCCACCUCUGAAGCAAACCAGAAUGCUGGUGGAGACCCAGCUGUAACCAGCACCGUCAACCCCAUGAUCACCAAGAGGUCAAAGGUUAAGACCGAAGCAGAGGGACCAGUGCCCAUCUCACCCUCCUCUCAGGAUCAUGGAGGGGGUAUCUUGGACCUCAGUGAGGAGCUGGACAAAGAUGAGUGCAAGCAGGAGCCUGAGGCCAUCUAUGAGACAAACUGCCACUGGGAGGGCUGUGUCAAGGAAUAUGACACCCAGGACCAGCUUGUCCAUCACAUAAACAAUGAUCACAUCCAUGGGGAGAAGAAGGAGUUUGUGUGUCGCUGGGAGGAGUGUUCCCGGGAACAAAAGCCCUUCAAAGCUCAGUACAUGCUAGUGGUUCACAUGCGUCGUCACACAGGGGAGAAGCCACACAAAUGCACAUUUGAGGGAUGUUCCAAGGCUUAUUCUCGUCUGGAGAACCUAAAAACCCACCUCAGGUCCCACACUGGCGAGAAGCCGUACGUGUGUGAACAUGAGGGCUGCAACAAGGCCUUUUCUAAUGCCUCGGACCGGGCCAAGCACCAGAACCGCACUCACUCCAACGAGAAACCAUACGUGUGUAAGAUUCCUGGCUGCACCAAACGCUACACAGACCCUAGCUCUCUCAGGAAGCAUGUGAAGACAGUCCAUGGUCCCGAGGCCCACGUCACCAAGAAACAACGCGGCGACGCACCCCCGAGACCGCAGCCCCCUAAAGGUAACGGGGAGAACGAGGCUAACGCCAAGCACAGUGGCCGAGGCCUCGAGAGCAGGACCGAUGCCAACAGCACCUCCAGAGGAGUGGAGGACUGCCUACAGGUCAAAUCUAUCAAGACUGAGAACUCUAUGACGUAUCAGUCCAGCCCUGGUGGCCACUCGUCAUGCAGCAGCGAGCCAUCGCCUCUCAGCAGCGCCAACAACAACGACAGUGGGGUAGAGAUGGCAAUGCACAGUGGGGGCAGCUUCGGGGACCUCAGUGCACUGGACGAGAGCCCCCUAGUGGAUUCCACUGUUCCCGCUGGGGGGCCUCAGGCCGGAGUGGGGCUCCAGCUAAGGAAGGCAGGGGGUCACGUAGGUGGAGUCACCAUCAAGCUGGAGAACAUCAAGAAGGAGAGGCUAAAGACGGUGAGGGACAGCUGCCCCUGGGCCAACUCUGCACCACAGCCGCUGCAGGGCCAUCGCAACAACACCAAGCUGCCCCCUAUACCUGCUGUCGGAUCCCUGCUGGAGAGUUCAAACAUGAUGAGUAGUUUAAAUGGCCCAUACCCUGGCCAGCGUAUUGGUGACCUUCCCUCCUGUGAGGUGACGGUGCUGAACCAGCUCAACGAGCGUCGUGACAGCACCACCAGCACCAUCAGUUCAGCCUACACCUUGAGUCGACGUUCCUCUGGUAUCUCACCUUACUACUCCAGUCGCCGCUCCAGUGAGGCCUCCCAAUUUGGUGCAAACCGCCACAGUAACAUCAGCUCAGCCGACUCCUAUGACCCCAUCUCCACUGACCUGUCCCGCCGCUCCAGCGAGGCCAGCCAAUGUGGAGGUAGUGGUGCUGGCGGAGGAGGUGGCCUUCCAAGCCUCCUCAGCCUGACUCCAGCCCAGCACUACCGCCUCAAGGCAAAGUAUGCGGCUGCCAUUGGUGGCGCCCCACCUACCCCUCUCCCCAACAUGGACCGGAUGAGCCUAAGGACCCGCAUGGCACUAUAUGGUGACUCACAAGAGGGGCUGGUCCAUUCAUUCCAUCACCCAUCUUCUGGAUCUGUACCGCGGCGCUGCAGUGACCUUGGUUAUGGUUCCCAGAGCAUGAUGCCCCAUGAGGUGCCUGUCAACCUGCCCCGACGUGCCAGUGACCCAGUGCGUCGACUGACCUUGGACCCCCUGUCCCUUACACAAGUCCAGCGCUACAAUAGCAUGAACAGCAUGAACCCGAUGAAUCCUCCAACUGCCAUAGAGCGUUACCGGGGGCUGGCUAUGCAGGGCUACACACGAUCUGAUGGAAGCUUGCAACGCCACCCGUUCGCCCCCAGGCCACCCAGCAUUUCAGAAAAUGUCGCCAUGGAGAAUAUGGCAGUAGAUGGUAUGAUGAUGGGGGGAGAGCAGGGCGGCGAAGAUGACAUGGUUCUUCCAGAUGAUAUGGUACAGUACCUCAAGUCUCAGAAUGCAGGGCAAGCUGACUAUCAUUCUAAUAGCCAUGCCCAGAGCUACCACACAGGCAUGGCCCCUCAGCAGCAACCAGUCUACGGGCAGAGGAGAAUGGCCAUGGUGGAUGCCACAAUGCCCCAGUUAGGACAGGACCUCCAGUCCUGCCAGAUGAGCCCUGGUGGAUCCCAGCAGUCCUUCAGCACCACAUCAAUGAGCAUGAACAAGAACAACAUGCCUGUGCAGUGGAAUGAGGUGAGCUCGGGAACCAUGGAUGACUCAACCAAGGUCACUAAGCAGCAGCAGCAGCUUCCUCUUAGAGGUAAUCUAGCUGUUGUGCAACAGAGACACAACCUUGGUUCUUCCCAGGGACAAGGACCCGGCCUGGGCAGCAACCAGCAAGUCAUGCCUAUGAGUCAGAACAUGGCUCUGCAGGGAUAUACGCACCGCACCACUCAGAGGAUGAUGAGCAUCUCUCUUCAGCAGCAGAGGCAAUGCAACAAUGUGAACUUUGGUGACCAGAUUAGUCCCCAUCAAGUGUUUGGCCAAGAUUUGACCGUGAAUGAUGUGUCCCGAAACACUGGCAUGAGACCUACCUACAAUAGUAUGGUGGAACAGAAUAAUACAGAGAUGCAGAGCUAUCGAACCAGGACUCAAGUUAAUGGAUAUCCUCAUGUAAAUCAAGUGGAGCAUCAGCAGAAUUACAACAGCCUUCCACAGCAGCAGCCUAGUAUCCAUAAUGGAGGAAGAGCUAUGUUACAGCCCAGGCCUCCCAUGGAGCCCAAGCCUGCUGCAAGGCAGCACUCAGGGUUCACUCAGCAGAGCCGAUUCCCCCAGUCAUCUGAUUUGAGUCCCAACCAUACCAAUGACACCUCAGAGGCCAGCCCGAAGAGACCCAGUGGUUCAGCAGCCCACAAUGGCACCCCCGAUAAUCCCAACUCUGCCAUGUUUUACACGGCUCAGAUCCACAUGUUUGAGCCAAACUCUGCCAGCUUUGAUACCCCUAUGUCCCCCUGUGCUGACCAAGACACUGGCAGCAGCAACACCACUGCUGCGGCCAACAUGGCGUCUCCAGGAGUCAACCAAGUUACCAGCAGCACAGUGGACUCUUCCACCAGCGCUCCAGAUCAUGCUCAGAUCGACUUUGACGCCAUGUUGGAUGACGGGGAUCACUCCAGCCUCAUGUCUGGCACGCUAAGCCCUGGCCUCCUCCAGAGCCUUUCCCAGAAUUCCUCGCGUCUCACUACACCCCGCAACUCUGUCACUCUCGCAUCUGUACCAGCAGGGAUUGGCAACAUGGCCAUUGGUGACAUGAGCUCCAUGCUCACGGCCUUGGCCGAGGAGAACAAGUUUCUCAACAUGAUUAGCUGAAAGUAAUAAGAUGCCUCAUCCAUCCAUCAAUUCAACCAAUCUUUCUACAUCAGGAAUAUAAAUAUAUUUGGACUGUUGAAAAAAAGCACUGAUUGAACAAUGCAAAACUGGUUAUUUCAAUAGUUUUUCCCAGUGUCCACUGUAUCUUGUACUUAUCCAGUAAUAUUUGCUUCAGAAUAUUGUAUGUUGUGUUAUCAAGUUGAAAGUAAAUAUAGCAAGUGUUAAUGAGCAUUUUCUAUCACUAUUUGUUAAGAAGCCAUACUUUUUAUCCUCAAAUAUAUGAUAGACCAGGGUAUGAAAACGCAUCUACAAAUUAUUGCCAUUCUUAUGUACUUGUAGCUGUAGCAACCCUUUACAAGCAGUGCACUGAAAGCAGUCCACAGAGUGCCUUGCUGAUGAAAUCAACUCUGAGCAACUGAACACAAUGAACUGGCAUGAAAACAAGGUUGCCAGGAAAUGGACAUGCUAUGGAAAUAUCAAAAUCAUAUUUUCUCAUUUUGACCUUAAUGUUUAUAGAUUAUACUGUAUUGUACUUGCUUUAAAUUAUGCUAAGGACUUAACCCUUGCACGUUGGGUUUGAUGUUUAAAUAUGAACCAGUGUGGUUCCACAAUAUAAUGGUCCAUAGGUAUUAAGUGUUUUUGGGGAGUGGACCAAGCUCUUACAAGAUGGCACUGUAAAAUCAAAUCUUCCAUGGUUGCUGUUUGAAACAGAGGCCAUAGCGCUCGACGAGUCCAUCUCAUGAGACAGAAUGAUAGAGAGGGACAUGCCUCUACAUCGGUCUGUCCAGGCACACAGACCCCCAAAGUCUGACAAGGAGCAUUCUCUAAAAGAAUAUGCAAGUACCUCUGUGUGUUCUCUGUAGAGAUCAAACCCUAAUUGAUGCUUUCGGAACCCCCCCCCCUCCACACAUACACCCAGACCUCCCUUGGGUCCUGGAUGAACUGAACAAGUCCACGAAGGGACUCAGACUUUGAUAAUGAAAUCAUGUUUAGCGCAGAGCAAUGACCUAGCCCCAUGACCUUCUCAGUUUUGUUACAUAUGCUGAAAAUGAAAGUAGCCUUUAAAAAAUGCGUGUGUGCCCUACUAUCCCAUUUUUACAGUGCUCAGUGUGUGCGCGUGUGUGUAUGUGUGAGUGUGUAUAUAGCUUUUGUACAUUUCAAAUACAGUAUCUCCUCUUUUUCUGU